AUGAUACUGCGACCAAAGAAGACCAACGCCGGUGCUUCAACACUACCGGCGAUGGCGAAGAACCGAAGUUCCAAAGCUACCAUUCUCUUGAUCUUCAUCUCCUUCAUAGCUUUUUGCGCCUUUGUAAUUGUUCCUGUUUUUGCUCCACUUCCUUCUAUUCAAUCUCGCCAUCACGCUCAUCAUUCUCAUCCCAAAAAAGUCCAUAGGAAGUUUGAGAUUGCAGAUGAUAUGUUUUGGAAAGAUGGUGAACCUUUUCGGAUCAUCGGUGGUGACUUGCAUUAUUUUCGAGUGCAUCCGGAGUAUUGGGAAGAUAGACUGUUAAAAGCCAAGGCAUUGGGCUUGAACACAAUUCAGACGUAUGUUCCUUGGAAUUUGCAUGAACCAACACCAGGAAAGCUUGUUUUUGAGGGUUUUGCAAAUAUUGAAUCAUUCCUAAACCUUUGUCACAAACUCGAUCUUCUUGUGAUGGUUCGACCUGGACCAUACAUAUGUGCAGAGUGGGACUGGGGUGGUUUCCCAAGUUGGUUAUCUUCCAUGAACCCAUCCCCCAUACUAAGAUCAUCUGAUCCUGCUUUUCUUAAACUGGUUGAAAGAUGGUGGGGCAAGCUGCUUCCAAAACUUGUUCCUCUCCUAUAUGACAAUGGAGGCCCUAUAAUAAUGGUUCAGGUUGAAAAUGAAUAUGGUUCAUAUGGAGAUGAUAAAGCAUAUCUCCAACACCUGAUAACACUAGCUAGAGGUCAUCUUGGGCAUGACACUAUUUUAUACACUACAGAUGGAGGGUCAAGAGAAAAUCUUGAAAAAGGAACUAUUCGUGGGGAUAGUGUGUUUUCAGCUGUUGACUUCACUACCGGUGAUGAUCCUUGGCCCAUAUUCAAGUUACAGAAGGAGUUCAAUGCCCCAGGAAAAUCGCCACCUUUGUCAACCGAGUUUUACACUGGGUGGCUUACACAUUGGGGAGAGAAAAAUGCUAAGACUGAUGCUGAUUCCACAGCAGCUGCUCUUGAAGAAAUUUUGAGAAAAAAUGGUUCUGCAGUCCUAUAUAUGGCACAUGGUGGCUCAAACUUCGGAUUUUAUAAUGGAGCAAAUACUGGUGCAAACGAGGCUGACUAUAAGCCUGAUCUCACUUCGUACGAUUAUGAUGCCCCAAUCAGGGAAGCUGGCGAUGUUGACAAUUCAAAAUUCAAUGCGAUUCGGAGGGUUAUAGCCCGAUAUAGCUCUGUACCUCUUCCAUCUAUUCCUUCUGACAAUAAAAAGGCAACAUAUGGAGCAAUCCACUUAAAAAGACAGUCAUCCUUAUUUGAUAUGUUUGAUUUCACCAAUUCUUCCAAAGCUAUUAAAUCCAAAAAUCCAAUGUCAAUGGAGAAUGUGGGCCAGUUUUUUGGUUUUUUAUUGUAUGUCACUGAAUACGAAGCACGGAGAGGGGAAAGAAUUUUGUCCAUACCAAAGGUGCAUGACAGAGCCCAAGUAUUUAUCUCAUGUUCUUCUGAAGGAAGGGGUGCAAGACCGACUUAUGUUGGUACUGUGGAAAGAUGGUUGAAUAAAAAACUCAGCCUACCUGAAUUUCAAUGCCUUUCUAACAUCAACUUAUAUAUUUUGGUUGAAAAUAUGGGUCGUGUAAAUUACGGGCCUUUCAUUUUUGAUAGGAAGGGCGUUCUGUCAUCAGUUUAUCUGGAUACGAAUAGAUUACAAGGAUGGAGAAUGUUCCCUAUUCCUUUGCAUAAUCUAAAUGAAGUGCCAAAUUAUAAUCCCAUCAUGCAGGCUACAUAUUCUGCAUUCAGUGAAAUAUCAACCUCCAGGAAGAGGUUGAUGAACAAGUCUGAAAAUACUUCAAAAGAACCAGCUUUUUAUUCAGGACACUUCUUCAUCGAUAAAUCAAGUCAGAUCAAGGAUACAUUUUUGUCAUUCAACAAUUGGGGAAAAGGCAUUGCGUUUGUUAAUGACUUCAAUCUUGGAAGAUAUUGGCCAUUGAAAGGACCGCAGUGCAGUCUUUACGUUCCUGCCCCAGUCCUUAAGCAUGGAGAUAAUUUUUUGGUAAUAUUCGAAUUGGAAUCUCCGAACUCCAAACUUGUGGUGCACACUGUUGGUGAGCCAGAUUUCACAUGCGGCUUUAAUGGGAUGAACAUCCAUCGGGUUUAA